AUGCCUUUGGUAGUGGCUAAUCGUCGAGCGUAUCUUCCGACAAUCUUGAAAGCUGCAUGCACGAUACUGCUAUACGCGUUUGCUGGAUUCAUCUUCAACUACACCGCAAAACACGUGCAGUAUCCGUUUAUAGACGAGAUUUUCCAUCUUCGACAAUGUCAGGCAUACUGCUCCUACAACUUCAAACACUGGGACCACAAGAUCACCACCCCGCCAGGCUUGUACAUUUUGGGAUUCCUAUACUCCAAAACGAUUGAACUUGCGACGGGGGUGGCACAAUUGUGUCAAAAGUAUACCGUGUUGAGAUCUUUGAAUCUUUUUGCGGGGUUGGUGGUUUUCCCAUUUGUUCUCGGCACAAUUUUCAAAUCCAGGAGACCCGGUGAAUUCUGGACGAUAAAUAUCGUAGCCCAGCCGUUGUUGUUCACUUAUUAUUUCUUGUUUUACACUGAUGUCUGGUCAACUAUACUCGUGACCGCGGCACUUGCCUUGGUCAAUUCGAGACCAGCGCAACGGCCAUGUAUGAGUGCCAUUUUUGGAUUCUUGAGUUUAUGGUUGCGCCAGACGAAUAUCAUCUGGUUGGCUUUUAUCGCUGCCGUGUACAUUGAUCGAAAGACACCGCGAAGCGAUGCGCUGCUGCUGCUGUUGGAUCGCAUUUACAAGUUUACAAUCACGCUGAUUCAAAAUUGGGCUCGUCUACUUGGAUAUGUAGCCAAUUUUGCAAUUUUCGCUGCUUUUGUCAAGUACAAUGGAGGCAUCACGUUGGGCGACAAGAAGAACCAUCAAGUGCAAUUACACUUGGUUCAAGUUUUUUACUGCUUCACUUUUAUUUGCUUCUUCACGUGGCCGGUGCUACUUCAUAAACGGACAUUGACGAAUUAUGCUCGGUUUUUAACUGGCAACUAUGGUGUCAAUUUGGCGUUCAAUGCGAUGAGCUUUUGGGGCAUAUAUUACAUUAUUCGAAAUUUUACAAUUGUUCACCCAUUCUUGCUUGCUGAUAAUCGACACUAUACCUUCUACAUUUACAGGAGAUUGCUCAGCCCCAAAUACAGUCCAUUCGUGGCUACUCCCAUGUAUCAUUUUGCAAGUUAUAGCAUCGUUUCCUCGCUACUGAAUGCAAAGAGCUUGUCCCCCAUCACAAUCAUGGCCUUUUUAGUUGCCGUGGUAUUGACUAUUGUGCCGUCGCCGUUGUUUGAGCCCCGGUACUACAUUAUUCCGUUGAUUAUUUUCAGACUAAACGUGGGUCCGAGGUACAAGUACGCCCACGUUGGUGAAUUUGCCUGGUUGAUGCUCAUCAAUCUGCUAACGAGUCUUGUGUUUUUCAAUUACACAUUCACGUGGCUGAGUGAGCCCAACACGAUCCAGCGGAUAAUUUGGUAA